CUCCUGUCCAUCCUCAUACAGAGAGAAGAGCCCCAGUCGUUUGCCCAGAAGCUACAGCUCCGCGUCCCCUCUGUGGAGUCUCUCCUCCUCCGCGGUGCCAGCCGGGCCGAGGGCCUCUUCCGUUCCCCAUCUAAAGAGAGCCUGAACCGCAGCCCCUCUCUCAAUUCCCUCACCCCCCUGGGGGAGAAUGAGCCCCUGGCCUCCCCCUCUGCCACCUCAGCCUACGACCCUCCAUCAGACAUCGAGAGUGAGGCAGAGGAGUCGUAUGGUAGCCCUGAAUCCCUGCCGGCCCUGUCUAAAGAACAGCUGAUCCAUCGGCUACACAGGGUGGAGAAGAGCCUGGGGAACUACAGAGGGAAAUACUCAGAGUUGGUCACUACCUACAGAACAGUCCAGAGAGAUAAGGAGAAGACCCAGGCCAUUCUCAGUCAGAGUCAAGACAAAGCUCUCCGUAGGAUAGGGGAGUUGAGAGAGGUACGAGUAUGA